GCGUGACUACAACCAUGAGAACGUUCUGGGCCGCGUGGCUGGCGGUGGAGAGCGCCCUGCUGGUGGGCGCGCGCCCCGACCGAGCCUUGAGUCGCGUGGUCAACACCAAGUACGGCAGAGUCCAGGGCUUCAUCCAGCAGCACGCCAGCCACUCGCUGCCGCCCGUCGAGGUCUUCCUGGGCAUCCCGUACGCGUCGCCGCCCAGCGGGGAAGGCCGCUUCACGCCCACCAGCAGCCCGCUGCCGUGGGAGGACGUGCGUAAAUGCCUGGAGACGCCGCCCGUGUGCCCCCAGCCUCCCCUGGACCUCGACCCGAGCCUCGUGCCGCCUCUAAGGGCCGCCCACCUGGCAGCCAUCAAGCCACUCCUCGAAAACCAGAGUGAAGACUGCCUGUACCUCAACAUAUACAGUCCUCAUGACGGAGGCGGGAAGUACCCAGUGAUGGUGUACAUCCACGGGGAAGCCUUUACCUGGGGCUCCGGCAACCUGUACGACGGCGGUGUGCUUGCGUCGUAUGGACAAGUCACCGUCGUCACCAUGAACUACCGUCUUGGACCUUUGGGUUUCCUAAACACGAGUCCCAGCGGCAGUGGGCGGCGGGGCGUGGCGGGCAACCAGGGGCUCCUGGACCAGCUGGCCGCAAUCUCGUGGGUGAGCGAGAACAUCGUGCACUUCGGAGGUGACCCUGAGCGCGUGACCCUGUUCGGACACUCGGCAGGGGCGGCGUGCAUCAACUACCUGGUCGUCUCGCCGGUGGUCGUGCCAGGUCUGUUCCACCGGGUGCUCCUGAUGUCCGGCUCUGCGCUGAGCCCCUGGGCGGAGGUACAGGACGCCCUCUCUGUCACGGCGCGCCUGGCCAAGCUCCUCAACUGCUCCCUGCCGACCAACCUGAGCGACCGGCACCCCGAGACUAUCGCCUGCCUCAGGAACGUGUCGGCGCAGGAGCUGGUCAUGGCAGAGGUGCCGCGGUACAAGUUCAACUCGGCGUUCGGGCCCAGCGUGGACGGCGUGGUGGUGCCCGAGGACUUCAAGACCAGACUCAACAGGGUGCUGAAAGGUCGACAACUCAGUGUAAUGUUCGGGGUCACGGAAGCGGACGGCUACAAUGACCUCUCGAGGAAGCAGGCGGAGGAAGGCCUGGAUGUGCAGGAGAGGAACCGGAUGCUGAGGACCUACGUCAGGAACAAUUACCAUCACCACCUGCAGGAGAUUUACCUAGCCAUCACCAAGGAAUACACGGACUGGAGUAAUCCGGCACAGCAUCCUGUCCAGGUACGAGACCUAACUGCCGAAGCCCUGAGCGACGGGGGUUUCCUGGCGCCCUUGGCUCGCUUCGGGGAAACCAUCAGCGGACGAGCGGACGCCUAUAUGUAUGUCUUUGCGCACCAUGACAAGGACAUGCUGAGAAUGGGCAGCGUGUUCGGUUCGGAGGUUCCACUCGUGUUUGGUUCGCCUUUCAUGGAUGAACCUGGUCCUUGGAGAGGGAAUUAUACGAGACAGGACGCCCUUGUGUCGGAAAUCAUCAUGAGGUAUUGGACUAACUUCGCCAAGACCGGGGACCCCAACUUGCCUGAAGACGUUAAACUUUACUUAAGCCUCAAGGACCGCGGGAGGCAGAGAAACAUGACUUGGGAAACCUACGAUUCCGUGUAUGAAAAAUACCUCGAGAUAAGCUUCCGACCUCGUCAGAAGGACCACUACCGAGCGCACAAGGUCGCCCUCUGGAACUGGCUCAUCCCUGAACUGGAGGAGGCCGGCGCGCAAUACCCUGAGACGGACUCCGAAGCAUGGCACGCCUCCGAAGACCCCAAGCACUUCAUAGGUCCCGUCAGGCCGCUCGACCCAUUCAGGUUCCUGCACACGACGAAGACGCCGGCGACGACGGCGGCGCCGGCGCUGCCGACGCCCAGCGACGAGUACCUCCCUCCGAACGUGAGCGCCGCGCAGGGCAGCCCCGUCAACGGCUCCUCCGAAGUCGUUCCCGCCGGCCAGUUCCUCGACUAUACCACGGCCCUGACGCUGACGGUGGCCAUCGGGCUGUCGCUGCUGGUGCUCAACGCCAUCCUGUUCGCCGCCCUCAUCUACCGACGCGACCGCAACAAUCUCGGGCCCAAGAUGAAGUACGACAGCGCGUCCGCCCAGCCGCUAUGCACGGUGGACAGCGGCGUGCGCUCCGUGUCCACGCACGAGGCGCUGGCGUCGCCCUCCAAGGACGGCAAGUCGGCCUGCAGCGUCGACCUGCAGUGCACCGAGCUGCACACGUUCCCGACGCCGCCCGACAUCGGCGACAGGAACACGGAGGUCACGUUCCACACGAGCAACUCCAUGCACUCGCUACUCUCGCAGCCCACGAGCCAGUUUAUCCCGCCGCCGCCCCUGCUUGCCACCACGCCGCCCACGCCACCCGUGUCCACCCACGCCGACGUGUUGGAGACUGGCGCGUGCGCGGGCGCCCGCUGCUACAGCGACGUGUCCAACGGCCAGUAUCCCGACAUGGUUAACGGCCAGUACCCGGCCGAUGUGACGCAGUAUCCUGGCGAGAGGACGUACCCAGACCAGUAUAGGGUACAGAGCCAGUGCGCAGGCGACCCCCCCUUGCCCGGAUACCCCCCCACGUCGACCUCCUCGUGCCCCUACCCCCCCAACCACCCGCAGUACUGCGGCCAGUACCCCGCCAGCGUGAGCCAGUACUCGUCCUCGACCGACCAGUAUUCCGUUUCCGGAAGCCAGUUCUCAAGUCCGGGCGCGUCCUGCCCGGCGUCCUCGUGCCAGUUCUCGGCGCCCGGAGGCCCGUGUCCCCCUCCGCAGGCGGCGUCCUACUCGGAGGAGCCUCAGGAGGUGAUUCUUCCGAGGACCAAUCGCAGCGCCACGCUCCAGAGAGCUUCCUCCUCCUCCUCCUCCACCUCCUCUAGGAAACCCCAGCCCCCCCCUCGUAACUCGACGCUCCCUUCCUACGCCACCCUCCCGAGACAGAGCUCCAAAGACUCGCUCUCUCAUAUCAACGCCUGAAGGACAAGGACCUCCGGGGAGGGGCUGCAGACGGCGAGAGAGGCCUCAAGGGUGAGCGGAGGUCUCUCUGCGAAGGCGAAGGGUUAGGCAGUUGAGAUGUUCCGUGUGUGGUUUAUGUGAUAAUCAAAGAUCUUUUCGGUGAUGCGGAAGGAAAGAUACCGUAUUUACCCAAUCGUGAAGUGAGAAGAUCUAGACGAAAGACGAGUACACAUGUUCCAGAAUAACUUUUCGUCAAAUCCUAUAAGAUCACUUCAAAAUAAAGUUUAGAGAGAGAGAGAGAGAGAUUGCCGAUUACUGUUUUCUUAAUUGUGUUGUUUUUAUAUCACUUGAUGCUUAUAGUAUUGUAUGGACAAAACGAUUUCAUACGGUGAUUUAAAGAACACUAUAGACGCAUUUAUGUUUAUAUCGGAUGUUAUUUUUUAUUUAUCUAUCUAUUUAUUUAUUAUUUUGAGACUGGAAACACUUAGCAAUAUUAGAGAAAAAAAUAAUAUGUUAGUAAAAUCUAAUUCGGUAUUUUUUCAAUUUGAUUUGGUGUUAGAGAUGUAUAAUUUCGAAAAACAGUCGUGUAAGAAUGAUUUCCUAAAUUUUUUCGUAACUUGAUGUAUCUCGCCGUAUUUUUCAGCCUAAAUGCCGUUUAGAAAACUACAAUUUAUGUCUCACCUGAAAAAAGAGAAAAAAGUUUUGAGGGAUUUAAAAAAAAACAGAUCAUAAGGAACAAGAGGCUGAGAUUACGAACAUUUCGUAAUCACAAACUACGUAAACCUCAGGUUUUCCACUUGAAGUGCAUGAACUCUUCAAGCACACCUUGACACUUUUUCGACCCUCUAAGUUGGGAUUCGGUCCCACAAAUGUGAACCCUUUUUUCUUCUUUAAUUUUUGCCUUCCUCAAAUUACACGACAAUUUCUUAAAUGCUUUACUGAUUUCUAUUGAUGUUUGGCUACUGGUUCCGACUCAUAUGGAAUGCGGAAACCAGUAAGAAUACAUUGUGCUUUGAAUGAUUAUUGUAUUUUUUACGUCAUAUAUGUCAUGUGUAGCCAUGUACAUGAAUCAGAACAAUGAGCAAUUUGAGGAAACAACUUCAAACAAUUUAGUGAAUGGGAAAUUACUAAAUAGAUCACUAAUUACAGCAAGAAUUUCUGCCUGUGAUUGAAAAAAGGAUUCCUUUGUCUGUUGCAGAAAACGACGAACAGCCGAACUUUUAAUCUUAGUGUAAGGAAAAAAAUCUUGCUGUAUGUUAGUUGGACACAUCCUGUGUACACGUGUUUUUUGUGACGACAGGAAAAUGGAAUAGGGAAUAAGUGACAGUAAUACAUGACGACAGUGCAAUACAGAGUUA